AUGUGUGGCCGUUAUUCUCUGGGUGUGCGCAUGGCGUACAUGCGACGGCAACUCGAGGACAGAGGAUUGCCAGUAGAUGAAGCACCAGAAGAUGACGAAGUAAGGGAGACCUACAACUUUGCUCCUGGAAACUUUGGUGCCGUUUACCGGGCCGAUGUUCCUGAAAAAGAACAGCAUGGUGGACCUAGCGAGGAACAGAAUGCAGACCGUGAGGUACAGGAAGAUGCAGGCCAAACCCGCACAAAAUACAAGCUCCAAAGCAUGAAAUGGGGUCUCGUCCCAUUCUGGACAAAGCGAAACCCAGACUAUGGGUCUCUCGUGCGCACGAUCAAUUGCCGUGAUGACUCGCUCAUCGAAGAUCGGGGCAUGUGGACCACAAUGAAGAAGAGCAAGAGAUGUAUUAUACCGUGCCAAGGAUUCUACGAAUGGUUAAAGAAAGGGCCAGGAGGAAAGGACAGGAUCCCACAUUUUGUUAAGAGGAAAGACGGUGACAUGAUGUACUUUGCAGGAUUAUGGGACUGCGUAUCCUACGAGGGAUCCACCGAGAAGUUGUACACUUUCACAGUGAUUACUACUUCAUCAAAUCCUUAUUUGAAUUUUCUCCACGAACGCAUGCCUGUUAUCCUGGACGCUGGGUCCGAGGCUAUGAAGACAUGGCUUGACCCAAGUCGGAAAACCUGGUCAAAAGAGCUACAAUCGCUUCUGAAGCCCUUCGAGGGCGAUUUGGAGUGUUAUCAGGUCCCGAAAGAAGUCGGAAAAGUUGGGAACAACUCCCCCGACUUUAUUGUUCCGGUUGACAGCAAGGAUAACAAGAGCAAUAUUGCGAACUUCUUCGCCAACGCCCAGAAGAAAGAGAAAAAGUCCAGUUCUGCCGAUACAUUCUCAAAGAAGGAACCGGCGUUGUCAAAGACUAAGAUCGAACCCGAGGAUAGUCAAGAAAAGAAGCCCACAGCACUAGGCCUUAAGCGACAGCAUACGCCGGAUUCAAGUCCAAAUGAUGACAACAAGAAAGCGAAGGUGCAGAUCCCAGUCACUCCGCAGAAAAUGAAGACACGAAGUGCCACCUCCAACAUCUCCAAUAAGAAACCCGGUGCAACGAAACCGACCGAUGGAUCCCAAAGAAUCACAAAAUUUUUCAAAUAA